CCAGUUCACUGGAGCACAUCGAGUUAUAGCAGGGGACAGGAGCAUGUACAGAUAAACUUGCGCUCCAGCAGACGAGGUCUUCAGCAUGUAGUUUCCACAUCCCACGAUUGGUUUCCAGACUCUAGGAAUAUAGGAACAUGUAGACCCAAUCCCUCAAACGAUCUUCAUCUACUUCGGUUAUCGUUUUGAGGUAGCGGCAACUUCCGGAACUUCCGCCUUCCGUUUUGGACCGCGAUAACAACCGGAUGUCGAGGUACAACCCGUAUCUUUUUCCAUUCCAUAACGAUCACUCCCAUCAGUAGCUCCAGAUAUCUCCAGAGAGACGAGCUUAUAGAUCAACCCAGAAUAUUCAUGCUUGAGAUCUUUUCUUCUCCUCGUGAGUCACUGAUUGUCCACGAUUUAAUGAAUGGAGUGAAUAAUAUUAAUUCCUAGAAUCAUGAUUAAUUUUAUCUCAUUGUGGUGGGAGGAAUUAUGAAUGCCUAGACUUCAAAAGCUGUUAGACGUGCGAUAAUUCCAGUCGAGAAGUUAAAUACCUGAAGAACUCGAGGAAAGUCUCAAAUUUCAGAAGUAAAACCGCCAAAAUGGGGGAAUUCUCGUUUGACGACGGAUAUUGUGAGGUCUACAUCAGCUCAUCCUGGAAUCCCAUGACAUCAUUGGCAGGAUUUGGCAUCUGGUUUGGCAACGCCAAUAACGCAAACGCCAAACAAACACUGCGACGUCAUCAUCGAGAAAAAGACGAAGUGGAGAUGCUGGCAGCUCAGGAAGCUGUAAAAAUUGCCAGGAGCCUUGGACACGAGAAAGUUCUCAUCUGCACGACCUGCACGUUCGUCAAGAGGAAUCUCCAGAUGGAAAAUGUUGAAGUCGAACGUGUGAACAAUGACAGUUAUCCCAUGAAGGAAGCUUUUCGUCUUGCAGCUCAGGCUUCCGGCAUGAUCUCGCCUAAUCAUAUCCAUUUCCAGAAACUAUUGGCAAGUUAAAGAAUAAAAUCCUACGAAGGAAAACGAGAAAUCGUUCUUGUUUAAAUAAUACUGUAAAAAAUGGGUUUGUGCAAUAAAAAAUUGUGGUAGAUUGAAUUCA